AGAACACAGAACCCUGGAAGAUGGAGCAGGAAGAAGCAGUAGUUAAGGAUCCAGGUCAACAAGCCAUCUAUUCAUUGUUCCUGAAAGAGAAACUCACAGAAGAUAAACUGAAAGAAAUGGCUGAUUCUGCAAUUAAUCUCUCCCAGGCAGUCCUGCCCAACAUCUUUGAGACUGUCAAAGAGGACCAGCUACUGUAUCAGGAGAGACACCCACCAGAUGAGCCAGAGAUACAACCUGUUGAUUGGGUUUGGGUCGAGAAAUAUAUGGCCCAGCAGCUAGGAGGAAAGUGUACUGGACUGUUCGAGGUGAUCUUGGCCACACCGACUGCUGUUAAAGUAGCUGACAAGCCUCACUGGAUUCAGCAGAAUCAUCUAAAGCUGUCAAAAUCUAAACAUGUGCCUAAGGAAUGGGUGCUAAGGCCACUGGGACCUACCAAGGGUCUGUUGACAUUCAAGGAUGUGACUGUGGACUUCUCCCAAGAGGAGUGGGAAUGUCUGAACUCUGCUCAGAGAACUUUGUACAUUGAUGUAAUGUUGGAGAAUUACAGCAACCUGCUCUCUGUGGAGAACUGUUGCAUAUGUAAUCCUGCCCAUCUACCUGGGAAUAAUGAAAAGGAGUCUUCUCAGUGUAAUGACCUUGGCAAAGUGCUUCAUGACCCCUCCACAAGUGCAUAUUAUAGAAUAAGUGAAACUACAGAAAACUCUAAUAACUAUAGAUGCAGUAAUCAUAGGGAUGACUUUGUUGACUCAUCAAACCCAGAUAGACAUGAAUGUGUGCACACUGAAGAAGAACCUUGCAAGCCUAAGGACUGUGAGAAAUCUUUAAAUUUGUGUUCCAACAUUAAUAAAGAUCAGAGACUCUACACUGCAAAGAACGAGAACAGGCAGGAAGAAUAUGAUGACCAUUUUAGCUCUACAUACAAUGGUUUACAACAAAAAUUCUGCAUUGGAGAGAAACCACACCAGUGUGGGAAAUGUGGGAAAUCCUUCAGUACUGCCUUAAGCCUCACUGUUCAUCAGAGAAUUCAUACUGGAGAGAAGCCUUACAAAUGUCAGGAAUGUGACAAAUCCUUCACUGUGAAGUCAACUCUUACAAAGCAUCAAAGAAUUCAUACUGGAAAGAAACCCUACAAGUGCAACAUUUGUGACAAAUCCUUUACCCAGUGCUCAAGUCUUAAAACUCAUCAAAGACUCCAUACUGGAGAGAAACCUUACAAAUGUAGAGAAUGUGGAAAGUCAUUUCAUCAGUCCUCAGCACUUAAAAGCCAUCAGAACAUGCAUACGGGAGAGAAGCCUUACAAAUGUAAGGAAUGCGACAAAUCCUUUGCCCACUAUUCUAACUUUAGGAGACAUCAGAAAAUCCAUACCACUGAGAAACAUUAUAGGUGUCAAGAAUGUGGCAGGGUCUUUCAUUGGCUUUCACACUUAAGGAGACAUUACAGACUCCAUACUGGAGAGAAGCCUUACAAAUGCAAUGAUUGCGACAGUUCCUUUACCCACUAUUCAUCAUUUAGAAGACAUCAGAAAACUCACUCUUUAGAGGAAUUGUACGAAUGCAAAGAAUGUGGUAAGUCCUUUCUUGACUUAUCACAUCUUAAAAGGCAUCACCGAAUCCAUACUGGGGAGAAGCCUUACAAAUGUGAGAUCUGUGACAAAUCCUUUACCUUGAACUCAACUCUUAGAAGACAUCAUAAAAUUCAUACUGGGGAGAAACCUCACAAAUGUGAGGUAUGUGACAAAUCCUUUAGUGUAAUAUCAAAUCUUAGAAAUCAUCAGAAAAUUCAUACCGGAGAGAAACUUUACAAAUGUAGGCAAUGUAGCAAAUCCUUUAGCCUGGAUUCGUAUCUUAGAAUACAUCAGAGAAUUCAUACUGGAGAGAGACCUUACAGAUGCAGAGAAUGUGGAAAAUCAUUUCUUCAGUUGUCAGCACUUAAACGCCAUCAGAAAAUGCAUACUGGAGAGAAACCUUACAAGUGUACAGAAUGUGGCAAAUCCUUUACCCAGGACUCACAUCUUAGAACACAUCAGAGAGUCCAUACUGGAGAGAGACCUUACAGAUGUACAGAAUGUGACAAAUCUUUUACUGAGUGCUCAACUCUUAGGCAACAUCAGAAAAUUCAUACUGGAGAGAAACCUUACAAAUGUAUGGAAUGUGACAAAUCCUUUUCUCGUAACUCACAUCUUAGAAUACACCAGAAAAUUCAUACUUGAGAGAAACCACACCAGUGUGAGGAAUGUGGGAAAUACUUCAGUAAUUCCACAAACCUCUCUGUGCACCAGAGAAUACAUACUGGAAAGAAACCCUACAAGUGCAAUGUUUGUGACAAAUCUUUCACCCAGUGCACAAAUCUUAAAGCACAUCAAAGAACUCAUACUGGAGAGAGACCUUAUGUAUGCAGAGAAUGUGGAAAGUCAUUUCGUUACUUGUCAGCACUUAAAAGCCAUCAGAGCGUGCAUACAGGAGAGAAACCUUACAAAUGUAAGGAAUGUGACAAAUCUUUUUCUCAGGGCUCAAGUCUUAAAACGCAUCAAAGACUUCAUACUGGGGAGAAACCUUACAAAUGCAAAGAAUGUGGAAAGUCCUUUCCUCAGUCCUCAGCACUCAAAAGCCAUCAGAAAUUGCAUACUGGAGAUAAGCCUUACAAAUGUGAGGAAUGUAACAGCUUCUUUGCCCACUAUUCUAGUUUCAGGAGACAUCAGAAAAUCCAUACUGCUGAGGAACAUUCUGAUUAUGAAGUAUUGUGGCAAAGUCUUUCAUCAACUUUCACACUGUAGAAGCCAUUACAGACUGUAUACUGGAGAGGACCCUUACAAAUGCAAUGACCAUGACACAGAUUCUUUACACACUAUUAAUCAUUUAAAGGCAUCAUAAAAAAUCAUUCUCUAGAGAUACUGUAUGAAUGCAAAGAUUGUGUUAAGCCAUUUCUUGAAAUAUGACAUCUUAGAAGGCAUUACACAAUCCAUACUGGAGAGAAACGUUAGAAAUGAGAGGUAUGGUGGCAAAUCCUUAACCUAGGACUCUCAUCUUAGAACACAUCAGAGAGUUCAUACUGGAGAGAGAGCUUACAGAUGUAAGGAAUGUGGCAAGGAUUUUUUUUUUAAGGUGCAUAUAUCUUAGAGCAGAUCAGAAAAUCCUUACAAACGCAAAGACUGGGCUGGGUGGUGAUGGCACACAUCUUUAAAACCAACAUUCAGAGGCAGACAGGAUCAUUGUGAGUGCAAGGCCAGCCUGAUCUACAGGGCGAGUUCCAAGACAGGCUCCAAAGCUACACAGAAAACCCUGUCUGCAAAAACAAAACAACAAAACACUAACCAGAAAAAAGAAGACAUCAGAAAAUUCAUACUGUAAGAGAAAAAUACCAUUGUAAAUAAUGUGACAUAGUAUUUAUCUGCUAUUCUCUGCUUAUAAAUCCCAAUAGUAUAUAAUAAAAACAAAGAAACUUGUGAAUACCUUGAAUGAAGGUCUAAAUCUUAGAACAAUAUUAUAGGUUUACAUUAAAUAAAAUUCUAUAAAAGUAAUGGGGGAAAGGUUUUUUAUUUUCUUUUGAAAAGUUUUUUCUUAAUGUUUAUGAUUGCUUUGCCUGCAAGUAUUUCUGUAUUCUGCAUGUUUGCCUGGUGCUAGUUAAGGCCAGAAGAGGUCAUUAUAUCCACUGAAGCUGGGUUAACAGAAAAUUGUGAGCCCUGUGUGUGUUGGGAAUUGAACCCUGGUUCUCUAGAAUAGCAUUCAGUGCUUUCAACCAUUAAGCCAUAUAUGCAAUCCCUAGAAAAUGCUGUAAUAAGAGCACCUCUAAUUUUGAUGUUCAUCACAAAAUUCAUAGUUUUGAGAAACCAUCUGCAGAUGUACCAUAUAUAAUCCCCAUGUGUUCUUUAUAAAUUUGACCCUUGAAAUGCAUUCAAUUCGACAAAUCCUUUACCUAGUUCUCAAAUUGUAGACAUAAGAAUUUAUUAUGAAAGAAAAUGUUUUAAUGUCUCAUUUUUUUGUUCACCUUCAAAGUUUUUAUAGGAGAAAAACCUUAAAAAGAGCAAGAAGGUGAGCAAUUAUGAGAUGGUAUUUAUCCCAGACUAACACAGUAUUUUUUCAAAAUGAAUCUGCAACGCCCACCACCAAUUGCAACAGGCUUCUUUUACUAAGGUUAAGAGUACUGCGAAUUGAUAAUUAUAAACUCAAAUAUUUUGAUGGAAAUUAACGUGAUCAUUAAUGCAAUAUCAGGUCCUGCCCUUGGCCUAUACUCCCCAAGUCAUGAUUUUUGAUCAUGUUUAUAGUAGAAUAUGCAAACUCCCCUCAAUGGAGCAAGCCACAGAUCGAAUUGACAGGUGAUUAUGUCCAUAAGCAGUUGGGCCAGUUUUGUGCUGUGCACACAUCCUGGUUUGUAGGUUGGUAUUGUAGGAUGCAGGAACCAUUGCCUUCAGUCAUGUGAAAGCUAGCCAAUGGGGAGAAUUUUCUGGUAAGUUCAAGAUUGCAUCCUUUCUCUCUUUGGUGUCUUCAGUAACAUGUAUUUAUGGUGGCCAAGCAACCUGUUUUAUUUGGGGUGCCUCUGGGACCUCUCUGACCAGUAAGUCCUAGGCAGAUAACCAAUACCUCGUAGAGAGAAUGGGAUUUAAUAGCCCUGUGAGUGGAAGCAGCAUUAUUCACCUGUGCUCAAAGUUUUGAAAAUUGUAUUUCCUACUAACUUAUAAGACAGUGGGAUUUCAUAAGGCUCCAUUCAUCCUUACUUUUGGUUAAUCCACCCACUUUUCUUCCUUCCUGCCUCAUCUAAGUUAAACAUCUAGCUCAUAUUAUCCAACACCUUUACUGUACAUUAUAACACAUAUAGAGUACAUUAUAGCACAUGUAUUCUACUAUUUGCUCCUUUUGUAUUUUUUACUUGGGUUGUAAAACAAUAGGUUCCCAUGUAGCUUCAUGGGCGUGUUAUUUGAGUUGACCUUCCAGCAGCCUCCUUAACCAGCAAAGUACAUAUUUGAACCAUUCUCCUCUCAGUAUCCUGCCUUCCUAUUUCAUGGCACCCAUAUUCUACUAUCCACCCUCCCUUCCUCCAUCUCCCUCUUAUUGUCUAUUGCUAGCUUCCUGACUUGUAUAUUCUAAUUGAGCACAGAAAACUUAUGUUUGAAGCUAAGACUGACAUGGGAGAAAAUGUGAUGUUUAACAUUUGAGGCCUAGUUGGCAUCACUUAUCAUAUUUUCCAUUGCCUACAUUUACAUCCAAGUUUCACACUUUCAUUUUUAUUUGCAACUAACAUACCUUUGUAGCUAUAUAUUACAUUUCAGUUACCCAUGUGUCAGUUGGUGGAUAGCUGAGCUGAUUCCACUAGUGUGAAAAAAAGCAAUGAGCAAGUGCUCAGUGAUAAUGUGCCAAGAUCUGAGUUCAUAGCCAGGAGUGUUUACUGUGUAUCAGUCUCUGAGGUGAAACCUCUUUAAAAUGCAGGGGUUAAAAGAGAGAUAAACUAAUGGGAUGCUGUAAUGGGAGAUAAUACAUUCUUUCCUACAGAGAAGCUUCUGAAGCACAGAAAUAAAGCACUGCUGACACUUUACACAAGCUGAGCCACAUAGAGGAUACUGAGACCAACCAUGAAGCAGACACCAGUCAAGCUGCCUGAACUCCCAAGACAAGCUGCAUGAAGGAAAUAGUGUCUCAAAAGGCACUUCAACCUCCCUUGAGUUGCCUUCAAGCUGUGCAGUGAUCCCCAGGUUUCCAACUUCAUUAGUUAUUACCCCCACAGCUGUCAUUGAGUCCUUUGUGUUUCUGUCUGUAACCCCUUACCCCCACUCUUGUAAGUCACUGUGGAAAUUAUUGUAUCAAAGGCAGCAUUCACACAAUCCUGCCUGUCCUCUGACUUACAAUCUUUCCACAGUCUCUUGGCUUUUUUCCCUGAGUCUUGCAGAGGAACAUUGGUACACAUAUCCCACCUACAGUUGUGCAUUCACAGUUUCUUAUUCUAGGAGUUUCUAUAGCAAUGCUUCUCUGUAUUCAUCACUACCUACUAUAAUCAGAAAUUUCUCAGAGCUGAGCAGUGGUGGUGCAUGCCUGUAAUCCCAGCAAGAUCUCUGAA